AUGACUAGCCCACCCGCAACCCGUAAGCGCUCACGGAAUCUAUCAACCAGUUCCGCAUCACUACCGUCAGCAAAGCUGGCCGAUCCGCCAUCUGAUCGUGAUCGAACGUCUGCGACGGACCGUGCUGCCGACUUCCCAAGCGCAGUCAAGGAAGACACAAUUGGAGAUGACAUGAGUGGAGAAAACAAGAUUACGACGGAAAGCACUCGCGAAGAGCGUGAAGAUGCAAAGACGGUCGAAAAGUACAAGGACACAACGCCGAACCUCUACGAGACCAAACAGGAACCCGAAUCAGCCGCACCCGGUGCUACUACAGCUUCGCCGGAAACGCCUAUCACGACACCCGAUCCUCUGGCGAUAGCUCGGAAGAAGUUCGAGGAGAGGGUGGAUGAGCUCGCAGUUGGCCUCAUUGCCUCGUCGCGACAAAUCAUUGAAAAGGCCAUCGAUAAGGUUGUUAAGUUAGCGGAGGAAUAUCGCCAGCCUCUUAUCCAGGCGGCAGAGAUAUCUGCCAGAGAAAAAGGCCGUAGGGAAGGCUAUGAACGAGGUUAUGCUGCAGGCUUAGAACAAGGCAAGAAGGUGGGUUAUGAGCAAGGUAAGAACGGUAGCGAUGAGGAGGGCAAGAACGAUGAAGAUGCGUAA